GAUAAGAAAUGGCAAAGUUGCUUCAUACUAUUUGGGCGCUCUUGCUAAAUAUUUUCGGACUCCAGAUUUUCCGAACAUGUUUCGCCAAUGCUAUGGAAGACGAAGAUUGCGAAUCGCUGCUAUCAGGACCACCGUUUAGUUCGGUUUUCUUCAGCAUUGGUAUAUAUAUUAUUAUCGUAAAUUCUACACUCUUUCCACGAUCUUUUCACGCGCCAAAAAUGGUUUUUCUGAUACUGUACGAGUUUCUAGCCACUGCAUUUAUCUUGGAAUUCGCAUUGGCCUGUAUUUGGACACCGAUAGACGUCCUCUUAUCGACAACGUUACCGUCCUGUAUCUGUUAUGUAAUAUUACGAUUUAAUAUUCCAUACGAUAUUAGAAAAAGAGUAACACCUUAG